UCGACCAUAGAGCUCAAAUAGUACUCAAAUCCUCAUGAAAAAUAAAAAAAUAAACUUUCGGUUCAAUUUUGGUUAUAACACUUAUAACCGACUAUUUUUAUUAAAAAAAUUAGAUCAACGAUUAUUCUUCAUCUGGUGUGAUCCCUUCACUUUUCAGACUAGUAUUUCUGAAUAUACCGUUAAUGCCGAAAAAUACAAGAAAUUGAAAAUUUGAAAACGUUCUUCUACGUUCGUUUAUCGUUUUAUUAGUGCAAAGAAACCAGAUGCAAUGGAUGUCACCAGGCAAAAUUUUGAGGCUGUUUCAACUAAAGUGAAGAAAUCUAUUGAAGAGGCCACUUUUCUUUCUAUUGACUGUGAACUCACAGGAUUGAAUACGAUACGGAAUAUUAAUGCUUUUGAUACUAUUCAACAAUAUUACAAUAAAGUGAAGGAAAAUUGUAGAGAAUUUUUAGUUAUACAAUAUGGAAUUACAGCAUUCAGAUAUGAUCAAGAACACAAUUUGUUCAAGCAAUCAAGUUAUAAUUUUUAUAUUUUUCGACGACCACUUAAUAGGAAUAUUCCUGACCAAAGAUUUUUAUGCCAGGCUUCUAGUAUAGAUUUCUUGAUUUCCCAAGGUUUUGAUUUCAACAAACUAUUUAGGGAAGGUAUAUCAUACCUCAACUUGGAAGAAGAAACUAAAUACAUGGAAAAUUUAGAGGAAAAACGUUCUGAAAGGAUUGAAUCAUCUACACCAAAUACUAAGCAAGAUAAAAUAGCCAUUCCUCCAUCAGAACAACCAUUAGUCAAUGAUGCUAUAAAAUCCAUCAAUGAAUAUUUGAAUGGAACUGAGACAAAACCACUUCAGUUGCCAAAAUGUAAUCCAUUCUGCAGAAAGUUGAUUUACCAAGAGACAGCAGACAUUUUUGGUGAUAAAAUAAUGGUUGAAACCAAGCAAUUAGAAAACAAAGACAGAGUUUUACAUGUUUCACGUAUAAAAUCAAAAGAAGAAUUAGAAUUAAUUGCUAAAGAAAAGUAUGAAGAAGAUUUAAAUAUUUUGAAUGAAUGUGUUGGAUUUACUAGAGUGUUGAGGAUGAUUGUAGAGUCAGGCAAAUUAGUUGUGGGGCACAACUUGUUGUUAGAUAUUAUUCACACAAUAGACAAAUUUUUAACUUCACUACCUGAUGAUUAUGAAGAAUUCAAGGAGUGUGCACACAAUUUAUUUCCAAGUAUUUUAGAUACUAAAUUUAUGAGUUCAAGUAUAAGAUUCAGAGAUCUUAUCAAUUCAAGUGCUCUUGGUCCCUUAGUUGAAACUGUGAGGAAAGAACCUUUUGAAAUUCCAAAAAUUGUCAUUGAGGAUGGAUGUUGUGGUUACUCCCUAGAUGAUAAAAAGGAACAUGAAGCUGCUUUCGAUGCAUUUAUAACAGGAGUUAGUUUGCUAGCCAUGUGGAACUAUUUAGGAAAGGAAGCAAAACUUUCACCUGAAGAAACGUUUUCUAAUUUCGAUUUAUUGCUGCCUUAUAACAAUCGAAUAUUCCUUAUGAGGUUACAAGAUAAUCCUUUUAUUCAUUUAGGUGGAACGGAUCCCAAUCCAUCUCGGGAUCACGUUUUCCAUAUUACUUUCCCAACUCAUUGGAAGACAAGUGAUAUUCAACAGAUGUUCAGUCCUUUCGGAAAUGUGUUGGUUUCAUGGAUAAAUGACUCAUCUGCAUUUGUGGCUUUAUAUAAGAGAGAUCAAGCACCAAUGGCAUAUAAAUCCCUUAAACAAAGCGACACUUGUAUUGUAAAAUCAUAUAAUGAACAUCAAGAAGCGAAAAAGACACCUUCUUCUCACUCACUCCAAAAAAAUUCUACAACGCCUUCCAAGACUCCUUCUAAGACUUCUUCUAAGACACUUUCUAAGACACCUUCUAAGACACCUUCUAAGACACCUUCUAAGACUUCUUCUAAGACUCCUUCUGGUUAUCUUAGAAAACGCAAAAUAUCUGAAGGAUCAAUCUCAAAUUCUCCGAAGGAAAAGGUUGUGAGUAAGAAGAAGAAAUCGCCGAUGGUAUUUGCCGUGAGCGAUGAUUGGGACUAGCUUCUAGGUAUUAAAGUUUUUUAUGUGUAUAUAUGUAUAAAUUUGGAUUUAUUAUUUCAGUAUAUAUCCAUAUAUAAUGUCAAUUUGUGGGUGAGAAUCUUAACAAAAUGAUAUUCAUAUUUGUUGAUUCUGAUUAAACAAUUGAUACUUUGUAUUUUUCGAAAAUAAUGAGUAUUCAGACAUGAUAUUAUAAUUUCUACAACAAUC